CUUUUGCAUUCAACUCAACUUUUUAUCGACACAUGGCGCAAUGAUUAUUAUUUUAUUUUUCGCAAACUGUCAACAAAAAAUUUGUUGUAAGGUUCUAAAAUCUCAUCGAUGCUUUGAUUCAAUUAAAACAUGUAUUGGCCAUGAAGAUCUUUUACAAAAGCAUAUCGUUGUUGUCUAGGAAUUUAAGUGUUUGUUCCUAUGAAAAUUUAUGGCAUAACAGCCAAUUUUUAUUGCGUUUGAGGAGACACGGUUUCACUCGGCAAUUCAUGGAUCUGCCUAGCACAUCAAGUAAUGAUUGUACUAACUAUUCUGAAGAGCCUUUCUUACCUCAGAAAGCUCUAAUAUUGACUAAAUUUUCGAGAUAUGAAUUUGAGAAACGAACACACUCUGAAUUGUCCGAAGAAGAACUUAUUAAAAAUCUAGAAGAUAGAGGUUCAGAUUACAAUAAUCUUCUUCAGCAUCACCAAAUUCAUACCAAUAAUCGUGAACUUGUCAUUAAUACACUGAAAGAAAAUGGGAUUGAAACUAAAGUUGUUAAUAGAUUUGAUUAUUCAGACUCUAACAUAGAUUGGGCAGAUGUAAUUAUCACAACAGGUGGCGAUGGCACUUUUUUGAUGGCUGCGAGUAAAAUAAAAAAUAAAAAUAAGCCUCUUAUUGGAAUCAACAGUGAUCCAACUAGGUCCUUAGGGCAUUUAUGCCUUGAUUCAAAGUAUACAGAAAAUUUUCCCUUAGCACUGCGGAAAUUAAAAGAGGGCAAUUUCAGUGGAACACUUGGAUGUUGGAGGGUGAGAAAACCUUUACGAAAGGAGGACAUAUGCUUCAUGCAAUGCGCGUUAUACGCCGGAAUAUACGNUGGAAUGACUGUAUGUACAGGAACUGGAUCAACAUCCUGGUCUUUCAACAUAAAUAAAGUUACUGAACAAUGUGUCAAACAUCUUCUGAAAAUCACUGCUGAUGAAACAAAAAUAGCUAUUCCGCUUACUGAUGAUGAGCUUAUAACUAGAAUUACUUCUAAAUUUAACAAUUCUUUGAUUUUCGAUCCUACAAAACAACUUAUGGCAUAUACACUGAGAGACCCAAUAGUAUUUGGAAUGGGUUUCAAAUGCAAGCCAAGAGGAUUUGCUAGAAAGAUUGAAAUCAAAUCCAGAAUGUUUGAUGCGUGUUUAGUUAUUGAUGGUGGUCUUUCAUUUACUUUCAACGAUGGAGCUACUGCAACUUUGGAAAUCCAUGAUGAUGACGCAUUGCGUACAAUCACCUUACCCGAGUUAUAAACUUAUAAUUGUUCUGUUCCCUACUUCUUCUUUUUUUUUACACACCUCUCACAUUGUGCCUUAUACUCAACUAUGCAUUCAUGAGCAUCAAAUUUUAAAUAUUUCAUUUAAUGAUUGUGAUGAUUUAUUUAAAUAGUUAUGAAUUUAAAAUGUAUUAAAUCAUAAAUUAUUUUAUUUAUUUCUUCACCAAUAUUCAAUUUACUCUAGCUUGUUGAAAUUCAUUAAGUGCUUGAAGUGUAAAAAACUUAAAUAAAAUGUUGUGAUUUUUCAAUAAUGUCAUUCUGUAAAUACAGUGUUUUUCAGGAUAAUAUUUUGUACUUGUUAAUGAUAUUUUAAUGAAUUUGCUUCAUUAUGCUGCUGGCAGCUCAGGUGCAUUCAUUCAUUGUUGCUUAUUGGAAAGAAAACAAAGGAAAGGGAUGCCAACUGCUAUAGAUUUCCCAUAAUUUCUACACAUUUUUAUUUUGCUUUAAAAGAUAAUAGAAAAUUCAAGAUUUCUAAAAUUUUUCAAUGUACUUUUAAUACCUCUCUUUUCCAACUUAAGAAGAACCUCAUACUUUAAUUUUUGUUAUUUGGCAUUAAAUUCAUCAUUUAUUAAUUAAAUAAACUUAUCUUCAUUCAAUGAUAGUUUUCUCCAUGCUUAAUCAAUUAACAAAAAAAUCUUGGAAAAACAUAUAAUGUGUUUUACUGCUGUAAAAUCGUAAAAUAUAAAUAAAAUUUUAUUUUGAAAUAUGUUGAAAUUUUCAUGAAAUUCUUAAAGGUUGGAUAAUUUCAAUUCUGAAAUUUAAGUGGGAACCCUGUAAAAUGAACUUUAACUUGUGUUGUGUUUAAAAAUAUAUAUAUUAUCAGAUUUUGGUAUCAUUACUAAACGUUUUAUAUUAAGUUAUCUUGUUUACCAAGAAAAAAUUGCUGUGCAGCUCCAUGAAAGCAUCACUACAAAUUGACAUCCCUUUGAAUUAGUUGAGUUCACGCUCUGGUGUUUAUCAUUCCAGCAAAUAAUGGUGUAUUUAAAUGAUUUUUGCUUUUAAGAAUGAUCUGCUUGUUUUGAGUAAUUUUUGUGCAAUAUAUUUUGUUGUUUAAUCAGUUAUAUUUAUAAGGUUAGUUCAAUAAUUUUGUUCUGUUAUUUUUUUUUCUUCUUAUUUUUGAAGUAAGAAAAAUAUGGCAAUAGAAAAAAAUCAUAAUGUACUGCAAACUGAUUAAGGAAUGUACUGCAAACUGACAAGACAUUAUUUCUAUCAGUUGUUGUUUUUUUUCGGGGGGGGGGGGAUAAUUCUGGAUUAACUUGCUUCAAAGAAAUUUUGAUCAAAGUAAAACACAUUGUUGAAAAGUGGUCUUUCACAUUAAUUUAUUACUUUAAUUUCAUUGUAAUUAUUUUCCAAGGAAGAUUGCAGUCUUUGAAACACUAAUAGAAGUAUCUUCUCUAGAACCUUGUAAUACAUGGUGUUCUGUAAAAACCACCUUUAAUAUAUAUUUUUAGAAUCCAUGUCAGAAAUAGAAUCUAAAAAGUAAUCAAUGUGUAAAUCUAUGUUUAAGGGUAAAAUAAUCAAAAUUUAGUAAUUCAGAAGAAAUGAAAGGUAGUUAUUAGAAGCACCUUAAAGAACAAUCAAGUAUGGUUUAGGUGUUAAACUCACUUUUUUAGUGGCUUGAACUGAUUUCAAUAGCUUUUUUGUUUCUACUUUGCUUAAAUAUUAAUUUUGCACCCACUAAUGAGAAUGCUUUUUGUUUCAUUUUCGACCAGGAUUCUAAAAAUAUAUCAUAUAGAACACCACGUGGGUCAUUUUCAUUUUGAAGUUGCAGCUCUUUUAUUAAUAUUGUGAUCUUUCAUGGAUGAAAUUAAAAGAUGUUAUUUUUUAAAAAAUACAAAUGAAAUUAACAUUUUAUGAAAAUUACUAGUUAGUGGUCUUAAUUUAUUGUAUUAUUAUUACAUUCUGUGUCUAUUUUAUAGAGCCAUUAAAAAAGUCAUGAGUCUCUAAUUAGGGUUAUUUAAGUAUCUUAUUAUUAGAGUUGCAAGUUUUUCAUGUCAGGAAUGUCGGCAAUAAUUUCCACGAAUAAUUGAUUUGAUUUGAUUUUUCAUAGAAGCCACACAUUUUUUUCAAAAUGCCUGCAUUUAUUCAGAAAUUGUUUGCAGUGUAAUUAUUACUCAAUUGUAGCAUUAAUUAGAACUUUUCUGAAGCUUCGAAAUAGAAAAUGUAUAUUUGAUAAAACAUUUAUGGAAUGGAUUAAUAAUGAAGUGACAUUUUUAAAGGUUUCCUAAUGUUUGAGGAUGGAAAAAAUCAAAGAAUUUAAUGCUUACAAAAAAACAUUCAAUAAAUUAGAUGUUGACGGAGGGAAAUUAAUCUAGUUUUUGGAAAUCUAAAACAAAAUGUCCUAAGCAGCUGGGUUACUUAAUACUUGUCAGUGUGUACAGACUAUGAAUACCUUUAAAGGUGGAUUUUAAAGUUAGUAUUAAGAUUGUUUAGCAGUGUUUUACACUAAAAUUCUAUUCAUUUGAAUGAAAAUAAUAUUUAAUCAAAAAAUAUAAAUCUAAAGUGCCCAACCUUGUAAACAAUUAAAAUGGUCUAUAAAGAAGUAACUACUUUAUGAAUUCUCUUUAAAAAUGGUUUGUUAAAUACAUAUUCAUAUAAGUAAAGUGUACUAGAUUUAUAAUAACUGGAUUUCUAAUUUAAAUAUACACUUUAUAGAAAAAGUUAGCUUAAAAAUUUGCUGUAUUUCUUUUCAAUAAAAUUGUAGAACUUCCAUUGUGAUUUAUUAAAAUACACCAAGAGAACAUUGAUUCAUUUUCAAAAGGCAAUUGAUCUUGAAUAUUCAAAAAGUUAUCUUAUAAGCAGUAUAACGAAUAUGAACUUGUUCAGAUUUAUUCUUAGAAUUUCUGGGAACACAUAACAAAGUAACCCUUUUUAAAAAAAAAACUGGGAAACAUUUCUUUCAAAAUCCAAGUAUCAUUUAUAACUAGGGACAAUAAAUGGAGAGGAAGAAAUAGAAAGAUCACUUUGGACAGGUACAAAUGUCAUUGCAACAAAGGCAUAUAGUCAAUGUAUGAGAUAAAUUCAUAUGCUCUUUUUAUAAGUGGGGAAAAAAAUCGGAAAAUGUGAUCACUUUGACAGGUUUUACUAUGCCUUAAUUGUUUUGUUUGUUUUUUUUUAAUUUUUUUGAAUUUUUGUUUUAUUUGUUCCAUAUCUGUCUUACUAUUUAAUGAAAACUGUAUCUUUAUUUAUACUUUAUUAUUCAAACAUUAAUGACUUUUGUUUUAUUACUUCCUAAACAAGAUUUUUUCUUACUACUAAAUUAAAAUCUAUAUCUUUAUUUAUAUUUUUAUUAUUAAAGCAUUUUUAACUUUUGUUUUAUUGCUUCUUAAACAAAAUUUUGCUAUUGAAUUAAUUAUGUUUGAUUUUUUUUUUUUUAAUCCUUAAUGUUAUUAAAACUACAUCCAGUGAAUAAUGUGAAAAAACUGAUAAAAUAUUUAUUUUUUCCCUGCUUAUGAUAGUAACUAUGUGUGUUGAAAAGAUUGGAUAAUAGUCAAUUAAAAAUUCCUUGUCUACUUGGAUAUUUAAAAGUUAGCAACCAAAAAGGUAUGAAUUACAAAACUGCUACGAUUUUAAACUCUGAGAUUCAUGACAUUUUGAAUGUUCUAAUAUAAAUAUUUCAUUUUAUUGUUUUAGUUUCUCUUACAUUUUUAAAAAAAAAUGUUUAAAGCCCAGUAUUAUUAAAUAUCAUUUGUGUAAUAAUUUGUAACUUUUCUAUAGUGUUAUUUUGGAAUUAUAUACACAUUUGUGAUAUCAGCUUGCUUUUAUGCAAUAAAAAGAAACUCUUUAGUAUA